CUCUCUUUCCCACCCCAGCCUGGAAGGAGCAGGGGAGGGAGGGCCGCUGGGGGUCUAUUUAGGGAGAGGAGCCUAGGAGGUCCUGCCUGUGGAAGAAAAUUCUGAAUCUUUUUUGCUUGCAACCGCUGUCUGGAUGGUCAAGGAUCCCUAUGAACUACCCUCGAGCAUAUGGAUUCAGUCACAAGCAGGUCAAGCCCUAAAUGGAAUGAAUUACCACAUUUUGACAAUCAAUCAUGAUAAUCUUAUAAGUGAAACUCUCUGGGAAAUUGCAAAAGCCGAAGUGGAAAAACGAAGUAGUGGAAGUGAAGGUGAUGGACUUGAAAUUGGAGAAAAAUCUGUUUUCUUCAUUGGAAGUAAAAAUGGGGGAAAGACUACUAUUAUUCUAAGGUGUCUUGACAGGGAUGAGCCCCCAAAACCAACCUUAGCUUUGGAAUAUACAUACGGAAGAAGAGCAAAAGGGCACAAUAUACCAAAAGACAUUGCUCACUUUUGGGAACUAGGUGGAGGAACCUCCUUAUUGGACUUAAUCAGCAUACCAAUCACAAGUGAUACCUUACGGACAUUUUCUAUUGUUCUUGUUUUGGAUCUUUCAAAACCUAAUGACCUUUGGCCCACUAUGGAAAAUCUGUUGCAAGCCACAAAAAGCCAUGUAGAUAAAAUGAUAAUGAAACUGGGGAAGACAAAUUCUAAAGCAGCGUCUGAAAUGAGACAGAAGAUACGGAGUAAUAUGCAGAAGGACCAUCCAGAUCGUGAAUUAGUCGACCCAUUUCUAAUACCUCUGGUCAUAAUUGGAAGUAAAUACGAUAUUUUUCAGGAUUUUGACUCUGAGAAGAGAAAGGUUAUAUGCAAGACCCUUCGAUUUGUUGCACAUUAUUAUGGAGCAUCAUUAAUGUUUACCAGUAAAUCAGAAGCUCUAUUACUAAAAAUACGUGGAGUUAUCAACCAGUUAGCAUUUGGUAUUGACAAAAGCAAAUCAAUAUGUGUGGAUCAGAAUAAACCACUGUUUAUCACAGCAGGAUUGGAUUCUUUAAGUCAAAUAGGAUCUCCUCCUGUUCCUGAUAAUGACAUUGGAAAGCUUCAUGCCCAUUCACCAAUGGAGUUGUGGAAAAAGGUGUAUGAAAGGGUCUUUCCACCAAAGAGUAUCAACAUGCUAAAAGAUAUCAAGGACCCUGCAAGAGACCCUCAGUAUGCUGAAAGUGAAGUUGACGAAAUGAGAAUUCAGAAGGAUCAGAUGUUGAACCACCCUUGCAGCCCAGGAAUAAAUCCCACUUGGACGUGGUGAAUAACCCUUUUAAUGUACUGUUGGAUCCUACUGGCUAGUAUCUUGGAACUGGAACAAUACAAAAGAAGUUCUUCCAAGUCUUGGAAACAAAUUGAGUUUGAUUCUUGAACCUAAUUCAACUAUAGUGUAUUUAUUUCUUCUUUCCCAAAUACAAGUAAGUUUAUUUUAUUAAUUAGCUAUAAUGGUAAUAAGUGAAGGAAGCUAAGAUGUGUAAUUUGUUGAAGGAAAAGUGGCCUUUGUUGUAUUAGUGCAACUCUCUGGAUACUUUUAAGUCUUUUAAAAGGGAAAAAAGUUGUGAGAUUACAUGCAGUAUUUUUUAAAAUAAAAAGAAUACCUUUCUCUAAUAAGUUUAACUAGUGUAUACUCAGUUCAGCAUUUAUAAGUUUCUGCUUAUAUCAUUUCAGGACUAUGAAAGCAAGAGCCUCUAGUAACAGUUACCAGUGUGAGUUUAAGCAUUUAUAUUAGACAAAUUCCUUCUCGAAGGAGUUCUUGGGUGGGUCACUUUCACAGGUACCAUUAUUGACUCUCAAACACAGGCACAAGCACCUGAAGAACCUAUUUAAAGUGCACAUUCUUGGGGCGCCUGGGUGGCUCAGUCCUUACGCGUCUGCCUUCGGCUCAGGUCAUGAUCCCAGGCUCCUGGGAUCGAGCCCCGCAUCGGGCUCCCUGCUUGGCGGGAAGCCUCCUUCUCCCUCUCCCACUCCCCCUGCUUGUGUUCCCUCUCUUGCUGCCUCUGUCAAAUAAAAUCUUUGAAAAAAUAAAACAAAAUGCACAUUCCUGAGUCCCCACACCCAGAGAUCCUGAAUCAGUGGGUCUGGCAUGGGGUACAGUAAUCUGCAUUUUUAAUCAGCAUCUCUGAUGAUUCUGACAUACUUAU